AUGUGGAUCAUUGACAGUGGAUUGGGGGUGGUAGCCCUUAAGGCAAAGCUUAUGGGAAUUUCUAGUUGGCGGGCAACUAGCCAAGACUUCAGUUCACUAGAACGGUUUCUUAUGGGAGCAAGAAUUUUUGAAGCUAAAUGCAAGCACGUAAUUCUUAUGUGCUCUGGUGCAUCAAGUUCAUCCUUGAAGGACGGACCAUACAAACCCUCGUUCGCAGGAUUUGUUGGUGUAGACCUAACAGACAAGAAGCUUUCUCUUAGGAGUUCGAUUGAUCAUUCCGAUUCAGUAGUGGAAAGCCCUGGUGCUGGAGGAAAGACAUGCAUUACAUCUAGGGUUUAUCCUACUUUAGCUAUUUAUGAGAAUGCUCAUUUGAAUGCAUGCAACAAUGCCACCGAAACAAUCACAAUUGAGAAAUUGGAUGCUUGGAGCAUGAACAUUUCUCGGAUGAACUAA